AUGAGAAAGAGACUACAGUCACGUACUGAGCAAGGGUAACGGAGGAAGGAUAGAUCAAAACCACGAAGCUCUUCCGGCGCUCUAGCACGAGUCGCGUCCAGCUCAAUUCUUCCUCGAUCUCCUUUCGAAAACACAACAAAGAAUAAUGUACGAAAUAAAAAUAUUUUUUAUCUCUCGGUAAAAAUUGAAGAAAAAAAAUGUCAGUGGAGGUCUAAAUCCAAAUGGAAUUGACCGAUUAAUGAAACGGUGUACAUGUACAGCGAGUAUGUCAAAGCCUUCGUCGAGCACUUCCGGUCUCUAAUACAGUGAGAGACGCACUUCAUGGUAUAUUUAUAUUACUAUUUCGCCCAUUCGAAUGUGCGUACACAUUUUAACGAAUUCGGUUUUCGGAGUGUGCACCCCCGACUGAACAAUACUUUUUGAAAAACUAAUAUUUUUGUUGGAACAAUGUGAAAAAACAGCUGUAAAAAUAAAGUGAAAUAAAUAAGAGUAUUACACGUGUGGAAUGGUGAAUUAUUGUACAAUCGCGUGUGAAGUGCAAGCAAAACUUUCACUCGUCAUGUUUGAACUGUGAAUUUUUUGCUGUCGGUUGAACACAGUGCACCAUUGCGGUGAUACUCUACGAACUAUUUUAUAAUUCGUCCGCCGCGUUCGCUGGUACACUGAGAGAGCGAGAAAGAGAUAAGACAACUCGGACCACAGACGACGCGUCUUCGUCUCGGGUCUCGGGGGUCUCGAGAGAGUUUAAUACCCCGGCGCGUUAGAAUACACACGCAUAAGACGCGUCGUAUCUAUACAUAUACAGGGACGAACGGGACGCGAGUGUUCUCACUUUGUACAACACUGUAAACAAUAAAACUGUGCGUGGUGAACGAAAGAGCGGACGAGGAGACGGUAUGAAAACGAAAAUAAAAAGUAAAAGAAGAGCGGCACUAAACGAAUACGGAUAUUCGAUGUGUGGAAUAAGAGACAGUGGAAAGGAUACAUGUGUAUGUGUUAAGAGGUAGAAAGAGAGAGAAACAUAAGAAAAAGUGGAAGGGAGAAACGAACAAAUCCAAUAGCCGAGCUUCGUCAUCCCAAGCAUUCUUUCCCUUUCCCUCUCUCUUUCUCUCUUUUGUACCGCGUGGUAGACGGAGGAAAAUGCCGACGAAAUAUCCGAAGCUGACAACGUCCAGUUCCUUUACGUGACUCGUCUCUCGCUUCACCAUAUUUUCAUGGAAAGAAAUUCCGAAUUUUCUUACCCGAAUUAUCAUCCGCGUUGUUAAUAUGUCUCAUCGGCACCAAACGCGUUUUAUCGAACAGUGAGAAAAACAUUGGUUGUGAUCAUUGUUGCGGCUUACUCGCCGGAUAUUUUGUUCAAUUGUGCGGCGAUAUCGAUCGGUCAAGAUCGAUAAACAACGAUACCAACGUGGAUCGGUGCAUCAUAUCAGUUAUCAAGCUGGACUCGUCCAAGGGAUUCGAAGCAAAAAUGGCCGGUGCAGUCGGUCCCAACGUUGUGCCAAUCGCACCAACGUCCGUGGUCACCUCGUCCGCGGCAGGAACGAAUCUCACCAACAAAAAAUCGUGGUGGAGGAGACUCGCGCCUUGUCUCGCCUUCUUGGCUGCUUUUUCAACCGCAAUGGCCCUCCUCCUCGUCUGGAGCGAGGCAGCUGCCUUGAGGAGACAGGCGUUCGAUGCAAACAUGACCAGGGAUUACGUACUUCACAGCGUUUCUAUGGACGACCCUCAAUUAAUUGCUUAUAUACGACAGGUCCAAUUAAUACCAACGACGCGUCAGGAUCCCCCGAACGCGACCCAGACCGCUGAGGAGAAUUACGUCGCCGGUUUAUUCAAGGGAAAACGUGACGGAGUCUAUCUGGAAUAUAUUAGUAGAGCCGGAGCACCUUCCACAACUUCGUGGCUCGAAUCGACUUACGACUGGCGCGGGGUUCUCGUGCUGACGGAUUUUCACAGCUUCUUCGAAGCCCGGAAAAGCAGCAGGCACCGGAAAACUCGAGUUCUUCACGCCUGUCUCAGUACCGACAAGGACACGAAGGAGAUAACUUAUCAUCAAGAAUCGGAGGUUCAAGUCACUAAGCUCGGCGAAGGUCCCAACAGUCUCGUCUCGUCGGACGACGGCCUUCCUACCACGAGACUCAAGUGUUUUCCGCUUUACAGUGUUUUACUUGCGUACAACGCAACGAAUUUGGAUUAUUUGAGUUUGGAUAGCCCCGACGCCCCGGAUGGCCAGGUUCUCGAUACAAUACCGUGGGAAAAGAUAAGAAUAUCCGUAGUUUCGAUACGAUGGGGAUCGCAUCGGAGCGAGUCGGAUACGAAAAAUUUGGUGGAAAAACUUGGGGCAAGGAGAUACAAGCUCGUGCAUACUACGGAUACGGGAAAGCUCAUAUUUAUGUACAAUAGGAUACUUAAGAUCUGAUGUUUCAGUCGAGCCUUUGGGAAUCGAUUCACGUGAAUCAACACUCGGAUAUAACGUCCCCUGAAACGGACAGUUUGAGUUAUUUGAGAUAUGUUUUUAAAAAACGUAUGAAAGCUCGACGUUUUUAUGCAAGCUAGAAACUCGAAAGUGAGCUGAAAAAGAGCGGCAUUUUUUUCGUACGAUUUUAUCGUAGGCAUUACGAAGUAAUAGUUAGUUUUUUUUUUCACUUUUCAAUGAAAUCUCGUUCACAAGAUGAUCAACGCAGCGAUUCUCUUUUCGUAUGUCCGGUAAAUAUCGAAAAAAUGUCCUCGUGAUCGUUUUAGGAACUGAAAUGCUGCCCAAUAUUUUAUUUUUAAGAUCGACAAAAACCACGGACGUUAUUGUCGUUAGGGAGUUUGUUUGAACGGUACUCGGACUCCUUUAUUUACGUCAUAACCGCACUAAAUGUACUUAUCUCAUCCGUUCUCACCUCUACACAUUUCCCAAGUGAUAAAGCUACGUCCUAAAAUUAAUUGUAUCGAGCCAACGUCCGAGCCUUAGUUCACGGUAAUUCUUUUCGAUUACUCACUAAUUAUACACUAAAUGUAGAGAAUUUACGUUUACGGUAUAUCUUAUGGAUAUAAAUGUGAACUGGAAUGAGCGAAUGUGAUAGUGGGUCAUGACAUUCUCAGCAUGAAGCAAUUUCAGCAUGAAAUUUGUUGAAAAUAUUUGAAAAAUUUCAUACCAUCAAAUGAAUUUUGAAGCAUUGCAUUUCUCACGAAGAUUAUACGAUCUUUGAGAUCGUGCAACUUGUACGAAAGUUUAUAUUGUGGAAUAUACAACGAACUACUUUAGCAUUUUCGAUCAUUAUUUUCGGAUGGAAUCAACAGGAAAUAAAUCAUUGUAGGAUUCAUUUUUCCUCAAAUAUUUUAUCGUCGAAAAAAGACUAAAACGCUUUUCGAAUAACUGAAACAUAGACGAUUAAUGAUUCUCAGCUGAGCGUCCUCGUUGCCUGGAAAUCACAUUUGUCCGCAUUACAACGCGAUUCUCGAGUUCAGCUGAGGAACAUUCUUCUAGUAGUAUAUUUAGGUUAGAUAAUAUAUUUUUUGCAUUGAUUUUUUACGAUUACGAAAGCGUAUUCAGGCGCGGGGUGCGGGGGAGGGAGAUUCUUCCGUGGGUAACUAAACUGAAAAAUAAAUAUUUUCAAAAGUUAA